UCUUAGAGAAACAAAACAGUAGAAACACGGAGCGAGGCAAAAUGGGAAGCAAUGCAAAAGGAAGAACGGUAAUGGAGGUGGGAACUGAUGGAGUAGCAAUAAUCACCAUCAUCAACCCUCCAGUUAACUCCUUGUCUUUUGAUGUGUUAUUCAGCCUGAGAGAUAGUUAUGAACAAGCCUUGAGAAGAGAUGAUGUGAAGGCAAUUGUUGUUACAGGUGCAAAGGGAAAAUUUUCUGGUGGCUUUGAUAUAACUGCUUUUGGUGUACUCCAAGGAGGAAAGGGGGAGCAACCAAAUGUUAGAAACAUAUCAAUUGAAAUGAUCACUGAUAUUUUUGAAGCUGCCCGAAAACCUGCGGUUGCAGCGAUAGAUGGACUUGCUUUGGGUGGAGGGUUGGAGGUUGCCAUGGCUUGUCAUGCUCGAAUAUCAACUCCUACCGCUCAAUUAGGGUUGCCUGAACUUCAGCUCGGAAUAAUUCCUGGUUUUGGAGGAACACAACGGCUUCCACGUCUUGUUGGUCUCUCAAAGGCCCUAGAAAUGAUGUUGACGUCAAAGCCAAUUAAAGGACAAGAAGCUCAUUCUUUGGGGUUAGUGGAUGCCAUUGUCCCUCCCGAAGAGUUGAUCAACACUGCACGUAGAUGGGCUCUUGAAAUCCUAGAGCGGAGAAGACCAUGGGUUCACAGUCUUCACAGGACUGACAAGUUAGAGUCUCUUGCUGAGGCUAGGAAAAUAUUUAACUUAGCUAGAGCUCAGGCAAAGAAACAGUACCCAAAUCUUAAGCAUACAAUUGCCUGCAUUGAUGCUGUUGAAACGGGUGUCGUCUCUGGCCCUCGUGCUGGACUUUGGAAGGAGGCUGAAGAAUUUCAGGGACUCCUACAUUCUGAUACUUGCAAAAGCUUAAUUCAUAUCUUCUUUGCCCAGCGUUCAACAACUAAGGUACCUGGAGUUACUGAUCUGGGUUUGGUACCGAGACAAAUCAAGAAAGUUGCUAUUGUCGGAGGAGGAUUAAUGGGAUCUGGUAUAGCUACAGCAUUGAUUCUUAGCAACUAUCAUGUGGUACUUAAAGAAGUGAACGAUAAGUUCUUGCAGGCUGGCAUUGACAGAGUCAGAGCAAACCUACAAAGCCGAGUCAAAAAAGGGAAUAUGACUAAUGAGAAAUUCGAAAAGAGUAUUUCUUUACUCAAGGGAGUUCUUAACUACGAAAGUUUUAAAGAUGUAGAUAUGGUGAUAGAGGCUGUUAUUGAGAAUGUUUCUUUGAAGCAACAAAUCUUUUCUGAUCUUGAAAAAUAUUGCCCCCCACAUUGCAUGCUUGCUACUAAUACUUCCACAAUAGACUUGGAGUUGAUUGGAGAGAGAAUAAAGUCUCGUGACAGGAUUAUUGGAGCUCAUUUCUUUAGUCCUGCUCACAUCAUGCCGCUAUUGGAAAUUGUCCGUACCAAGCAUACAGCUGCACAAGUGAUUGUUGAUCUGCUAGAUGUUGGGAAGAAUAUAAAGAAAACACCAGUUGUCGUUGGAAAUUGUACAGGUUUUGCUGUCAACAGAAUGUUUUUUCCCUACUCUCAGGCUGCAAUUUUACUUGCAGAACAUGGGGUAGAUCCCUAUCAGAUUGACAGGGCUAUUUCCAAGUUUGGAAUGCCAAUGGGACCCUUCAGGUUGUGCGACCUUGUUGGUUUUGGUGUGGCAGCAGCAACUGCCAGUCAGUUUGUUCAAGCUUUUCCAGAAAGAACUUAUAAAUCGAUGCUAAUUCCUCUGAUGCAAGAGGAUAAGAAUGCAGGUGAAUCCACUCGUAAAGGUUUCUAUGUCUAUGACAAGAACCGAAAAGCUGGGCCAAAUCCAGAGUUAAAGAAAUAUAUCGAGAAGGCUAGGAACAGUUCUGGUGUUUCAGUUGAUCCUAAGCUCACAAAGUUACCCGAAAAGGACAUUGUGGAGAUGAUAUUUUUCCCAGUGGUGAAUGAAGCAUGUCGUGUCCUUGCCGAAGGCAUAGCAGUCAAAGCAGCUGACCUGGACAUUGCUGGUGUAAUGGGAAUGGGUUUCCCCUCCUACAGGGGAGGACUCAUGUUCUGGGCGGAUUCUCUUGGAUCAAAUUACAUCUAUUCAAGGUUGGAGGAAUGGUCGAAACAGUAUGGUGGAUUUUUCAAGCCCUGUGGAUACUUAGCUGAAAGGGCUGUUCAGGGUGCAACUCUGAGUGCUCCGGGUGGCCAUGCUAAACCUCGAAUGUAAGAUCAAUCAACUCAACUGGAAGUUUGUUUUGUGUUUCUUGUGAAAAUCUAGGUAUGAUGCCUGGGAUUGGGCUUGUAUGAAUAAUGUAUUGAGGUUGCGGUUGUACCUCUGGAAGACAUUUAUUUUUUAAAGGAAUUUGAGUUGGUGCAAUUUUCAAUU